CCCUCCCGCCGGCCGCGCCCCUCCGCCUCCUCCGGGCCCGGCCGGGCGCUUCUCCUUCGUUCUCCUCCUUCCGGCUCCUCCUCCCGCCGCCGGCUCUCUGCACAUGCUCAGGGGCCCCCUCCCCGGCCAGCCUCCGCCCCAGCAGAAGAGCGCCCCCUGCGGCCGGAGGAGGGAAGAGGCCCCCCAGCCCGGCCCCCGUCGCCGGGGCCGCGUGUCGUCCGGGCGGCGGCAGCAGCAGCAGGGCGGGAAAGAGGGCAGGAGGAGGAGGCCGCCGGGGGGGGGGGGCAGGAGGCGCCCCACGGGGGGGGCAGCCCCCUCCCCGCCACAGAGUGACCCCCGAGCGCGCGCGCAGGGCGGGGGCUGGUCCCUCCUCCUCCUCCUCCUCCCCCCCCCCUCAGGGCUCCUGCUGCAAGCGGGCCGGGGCAGAGGCCUGAGCAGGGCGAGGACCGAGCCGAGCCCCGCCAGGCCGCCUCUCCUGGGGUCGCCCCGACGCUGGCGCGGAGGGCGGGGCUGCUGGCCAGCCUCGCAGGGGCGUUGCUCUCCCCAUGGAGCGGCAGACGCCCCGCCGCGGAGGCGAUGGAUUAUUCCUACGACGAGGACCUGGACGAGCUGUGCCCCGUCUGCGGGGACAAGGUCUCGGGCUACCACUACGGGCUCCUCACCUGCGAGAGCUGCAAGGGCUUCUUCAAGAGGACGGUGCAGAACCACAAGCAUUACACCUGCACCGAGAGCCAGAGCUGCAAGAUCGACAAGACGCAGCGCAAGAGGUGCCCCUACUGCCGCUUCCAGAAGUGCCUGGCCGUGGGCAUGAGGCUCGAAGCCGUGCGCGCAGACCGCAUGCGAGGCGGGCGCAACAAGUUCGGGCCGAUGUACAAGCGGGACCGCGCCCUCAAGCAGCAGAAGAAGGCGCUGAUCCGGGCCAGCGGGUUCAAGCUGGAGGCGGCCGCCCCCGCCGUGCCCCCGCCCCCCAUCGUGUCGCCCGUCCAGGCUGACUUCGGCCUGCCGGCCUCCUCGCUGCACGGCCUGGCCGCCCCCCCGCCGCCGCCCGGCCUGGCCAAGGGGCUGCCGCCGCCCCACGCCGCAGCCAUGACGCCCGUCGACUACGAGCGCAGCGCCUACGGCACGCCCGGGCUGGGGGUGCCGCUGCCGGGCCACGGCUACCACUACCCGCCCUUCGGCAGCCGCGCCAUCAAAUCCGAGUACCCGGAGCCCUACGCGCACCCCCACGAGGCGGCGGCGCCGGCGGCCUCCUACCCCUUCCCGGAGGCCUACCCCGCCGGCGGCGGCGGCGGCUCGCCCCCUCCGCCGCUGGCUCCGCCGCCCGGCGGCGCCGGCCCCCCCGACGUGAUCCUGAAGCUGCUGGAGCUGGAGCCGGACGAGGCGCAGGUGAAGGGCCGCAUCCUGGCCUGCCUGCAGGAGCAGCAGGGCAAGGCGGGCCGCGGCGGCGGCGGCGGCGGCCACGACAAGCUCAGCGCCUUCGGGCUGAUGUGCAAGAUGGCCGACCAGACCCUCUUCGCCAUGGUCGAGUGGGCCCGCAGCUGCAUCUUCUUCAAGGAGCUGGAGGUGGGAGACCAGAUGAAGCUCCUGCAGAACUGCUGGAGUGAGCUGCUGGUCUUUGACCACAUCUUCCGGCAAGUGCAGUACGGGAAGGAUCACAGCGUGCUGCUGGUGACCGGCCAGGAGGUGGACAUGGCGACGGUGGCUUCGCAGGCGGGAUCCAUCCUGAACAACCUGGUGCUGAGGGCGCGGGAGCUGGUGCUUCACUUGCAUUCGCUCCAGGUGGACCGGCAGGAGUUUGUCUGCUUGAAGUUCUUAAUUCUCUUCAGCCUUGAUGUGAAGUACCUGGAGAACUCCAGCCUGGGGAAGGAUGCCCAGGAGAAAGCCAACGCAGCCCUGCUGGAGUACACCCUCUGCCACUACCCUCACGCCACAGACAAAUUCCGGCAGCUGCUGCUCCGGCUGGCUGACAUCCGGGCGCUCAGCAUGCAGGCCGAGGAGUAUCUCUACCACAAGCACCUGAACGGAGAAGUGCCCUGCAACAACCUGCUGAUCGAAAUGCUGCAUGCCAAGCGGACUUGAGGGCCACCCGCCCCUUUCUGGGCAGAGACUCCGGGGCUAGGAGGGGGUGGGUGCCUGGUGGCCCCCUGCCCACCCCUUCGCUAGUGGCAUGAAGCGCCAGACUGCCCAGCACUGGAGGGGGAGAGAGAGACUGCCCUGGGCCACUCUGCCAGGAUGACUGCCCUGAGCUUUGGGGUCUCUCUUCUCCUGACAAGCUGAGCAUGUCCCCCCCCCCCAUCUGACUCCCUGAGGCUUCAGCUCGCUGGGCUGCCCCUCAGGACAUUUUGAACUCUGGGAGGGGUGAGGCCCUUGAGGUAGAGGGGGACCCGGGAGCCUCCUCGCCCCACACUGGCUUCCCACAACCCUCCAGGAGCCGGGCCCCAGCGCAGGGAGCCGACUCUCUCCUUGGGUGUCCCGUGGAAGCUGGCCGAGAGCAUCUCUGGGCCACAUGCUCGGGCGAGAGGCACUUGGAGCACGCCUGGGAGGGGGGCAGGCCUGCACUCUGGCCUUGGGGCUGGCAGGCAGGCUCUGUUCGUCAUUUCCAUGACCUCCGCCGUCUUCGAAACGAAACGAAUCUGCUUCUAAGCACGUGGCAGACCCAGAGCCUCAGUCGGCGGCGUUGGGAAUCCAGUCUUGAGCUACGAGAUGGAGCGGAGAUGUCUGUCUGUCCGUGUGUGUGUGUGUGUAUUCGGGGCGGGGGGGGGCAGGCUGGCUGGCCGGGCACCUGCCCCCUCCUCACAAGAGGGCGCCAGCUGCCGCUGCUCGCUCCACCAGGCUUCUUGCUGUGGCUUGGCAGGGCUGGUGGGGUGGCAGGCCUGGGAGCCCACCUGCAGGCCCGGCUUCUGCCACUGGCUCAGGCCGCCAGUCCUGCCCGCUCCAGCAGGCAGCAGCAGGGGGUCUUUCCCAUGGGGCGGGGGUGCCCCCCCCGGCCCUCUGCCACGGAGCAGUCGCUUGCUUGCUGGGCCCCCACCGCGUGGCCUUGAUUUCCGGCGAGGGCAGAGCCCAGCAGCCUCCCCAGCCUUGCUCUGCCCAAAGCCCCCCCCCCGACUAGUACCUGCUCCCAGCUUCCUCCUGGGCAUGCUCUCCUGUGGCUCCUGGCAAAGGCUGCCAAGGGGCGAGCCCUCCUCCAGGAAGGGGAAGAAGCAGGGCCUUCUGGGGGAGGGCACCGCGGGUCCUGUGUGUGUGUGUGUGUGUGUGUGUUGUGGGGGGGAGCCUUCUGGGGCUGGCUUGCAGCGAGCUGGGCCUUGGGUCGGGAUGCAGCCACAGCCCUGCCUCCUCCUCUGCCAGCCCCCACGGUUCUCCGGCGGGGGGGGGGAGUCUCAACAGAGAGUGGAGCCACAGCCCCACGGCCAGAGGAAGGGGGGGAGGGAAGCUCUUCUCCCGGGAGUGGCUCAGGGCCACUGGCCUGCCUGGGAGCCUCCUGGGCAUCUUCCUGGGGGUCAGGAAGAAGGGGCCGCCUGGGCGUGGCGGGACUCCCUCUCUGGGCCCUAGAGGCGGGUGUGUUUGUGGCUUCUAGCAGCUUCGUGGCCAUUCCCCCCAAGAGGGGGGUGCCCUGGGGCAGGGAGAGUGGGGGCAGGCCCCUUGCUGCCCCAGGUGGAGUUGGCGGCUGGGACUGGGGAGGGGGAGGCUGGAGCUGGUUCUGGCAAGAGCCCCCCCCCCCCCGCUGUGCUUGCUGGCCUCCCUCCUGCCUUUUGCUGCUGGCGCUGGGCCUCCCCUUUUGGUCCUGAGGGGGUGUGUGGGGGGGGGGCGGUAUGCACGCCUGCGCGGUUUGUGGCCUGAAAGAGUCGGAAGUGAACCGCUGCCUUUUUAUUUCUCUUCUGGAAAUGCAAAGUGCCCUUAAGUGUCCCCCCCCUUCUCUUGGUCCCCCCCCUUCCCUUCUUUUUCUUUCCUCCAUCUUCUUCGGAAGCCCUCCUGAGGCGGGAGGACUGGCCGCACCCAGACAUUCCAAUAAAUUUUGCAACCCACUUGA